AUGACGGAGGCAGGAAAGAAGGCAGCAGUGCUUCUUCUUGUGCGCCAAGUACUGUCUAGUGUGGGCGAAGACUCUACGGGUGUGGGAGUUGCACCGCCCUCAAGGUACGAGGAUCUCCGCGACGGUGCGUACUUGUACCGCAUUCUUGCCCGCAUCGCCCCACAUGCGUUUCCUGACGCCGAUGAAAUUGCCGAGCAGUCUGUUGCGAGUCGCCAGAAUUGGGUAGUGCGAAAAGGGAACCUCAUGGCGCUCGUGCGGCACAUGAACGACUAUGCCCAUCAGGCCUUGGGUGCACCGGACACACUGAACCUCAUGCAGAUUAUUAGCGCAGCUGAUAUCGCGAACUCGCCAGCACUGGGCGAUGAGUCCAUCAGCCAAACGGAACACGACAAGGGUUUCACUUACUUGAUGGAGCUGACGGAUAUCUUUGUUGUCAUGGUCGUGCUCAGCGGUGACGCCACCGUCCUGCAGGCGCUGAAAACGCUGCCACACGCGGAUCAAGUGGUCCUGUCCAACGCGGCAAAGGCCUGUAUUACAAAACAUGCACUGCGACCGCGGCGGCGCAACGAGACCCCGACGAUGGGGGACUCGCGUCGUUCCAGCGUCCAGCGCAGUGUUGUGUCAAGCCACGGCGGCCCGUCGUCGCGUGGUACACGCCCACCCCCUGCGCUCGUUGAUGAGGCGGCUGUCAACCAAAACGUGCAGCAGCUCCGGCGCGAACUCGAUGAUGCUAAGGCGAAAGUGACGGAGCUCGACUCCAAGUUGCAGCUCGCGCUUUCUGAGAAGCAGGAUUGGGAAUCCAAGUACAAGAAAAUUCUCGCCGAGACAGAACAGCGGCAUGCGGCGUUUGCCGACGAAGAACAUUUGCGGCAGCUCCUCGCAAAGAAGGACGAAGCAGUGCGGUCUCUGACAGCGGCUGCUGAAGAGCACUCGAAAAAGAUCGCAGCAUUCAAGGAAGCGACAAUGAUGCAGGAGUCCGUGCUUGGCUCGAUGAAGCGCAAACUCCGGCAGACGGAGGAGGAGCUUGUAAAGAAGAACAGUGAGAGGCGUGAGGCGCUUGAACGACUUGCCGUGGCAGAGGACAAGCUGGCCGUGCAGAUCACCGCCAGAACAGAUCUAGAGAAAAAAAUGGAAGACCUUCGCACGGAACUGGCGCUUCUCAAGACGCAAAACCAGGAUGGCGCUAACGAUCAAGAUGCGCGCUUUAACCACUCGUUUGGUUCUGUUAACUCUGUUGACUGUAUUGUGCAGCUAGAAAAUGAGUUGGAUGAAGCGAGGAGCCAAAAAGAGGCUGCCGAGCGGCUGCUGCAUGUUCUGCAGCGCCAGAUUGCGUUGCUACCAUCAGAGGGACUUCAACCAUCCGCCGCAAUGGACGCCCUAAAGGCGCAGAUGCGGCAGGCAGAAAAGGAGAAAGAGGAUUUGCGCAAUCAGCUUGUGACGACCAUUGCAAAGCUGGAAGACGCACAAAGCAGNUCUAGGCGUAUUGGUAGCCAUAGUGCUAUCGACAGCGAGUCGGACAGCUUCGCAGCGGGUGGCAAGGUUAGCGGAAAGGAUGCAGACGGCGCAUCAACGCAGGAUGGUGCGGAGUCAUGUAUUCAACAGGCACGCUUACGUGAGAAUAACAAUGGCUUGCAGCGCGAGCAAACCCUUCUCGCCUCUACUGUAUUACAAUUGGGUUAUCGUAACUUGAUACUGCAGCAGCGUGCCUUGCUGGCAAGCGGUAGCCUUCACGACGUAGCUGGCGAGUCUGUGGUAGGGGAUGGAAGCAGUACGAAGUGUGCGGUGGCCGGAUCCUUUUUGACACGCCACCGGCGCGAGGUGGAAGAAGGGCUGAUGGAAUCUGUCCUCGACCGCAGCGGCUGGAGUCAACCUCCGAAAUUAAGUACAUCGUGA